AUGUCGACCGUUAUCCCAACCCUACAACAAUCUCUAUCGGAUACCAAGGCUGAGUAUCGCAGGUUAGGGAAUAGCGGCCUUAGAGUAUCAAUUCCUAUCUUUGGGGCUAUGAGUAUUGGCGACCAAAAGUCAAUGCCAUGGACCAUUGCCGAGGAGGAUGCCCUGCCUUUGUUCAAGGCCGCGUACGACAGGGGUCUAAACACUUGGGACACUGCCAACGCUUACAGCAACGGAUCCUCUGAGAUUAUCAUUGGUAAAGCUCUAGAGAAAUAUCAAAUUCCUCGCGAGAAAGUUGUCAUUCUCACGAAGUGUUUUUGGGGUGUUAGCAAAGCUCUCGAUGAGCUCCACUGGUUGAACAGAGAAUCUUUUGAACGCUCCAAAGACUACCAGAAUCAGUAUGGUCUAUCGCGUACUGCUAUUUUCAAUCAGGUUGAAGCGUCUCUAGAGAGGUUAAACACGCCGUAUAUCGAUCUUUUGCAAAUUCACCGCUUCGAUACGACUACGCCAAUGGAGGAAACUAUGAAAGCUCUUCAUGACCUAGUACAAUCUGGCAAGGUUCGCUAUAUUGGCGCCAGUAGCAUGUACGCGACUCAAUUUGCCCGUCUACAGGCUGUUGCCGAACGCAAUGGCUGGACGAAGUUUAUCAGUAUGCAGAACCAACAUAAUCUGCUUUAUCGAGAAGAGGAACGUGAGAUGCUUCGGUUUUGUGACGAUACCGGAGUAGGUGUGAUCCCCUGGGCUCCCCUUUCACGAGGUAACCUGGCGAGACCUCUUACUCACAAAGGUUCUACACUGAGGAGCCAACUUAGUGGUGAAUCUUUGACAGGCGCGGAUGUUGAGAUCAUCAAGCGAGUGGAAGAGAUUGCGAAUAAGCGUGGCUGGCCGAUGUCUCAGGUCGCUCUUUUGUGGUCUCUGAGACGAGUUGUUAGCCCUAUCAUUGGCUUCAGUAAGGUCGAGAGGAUCGACCAGGCUCUGGGUGUGCGCGGGAAACAAUUGGAUGACGAUGAAAUCAGCUAUCUGGAAGAGCCUUAUCAGCCGAAGCAUUACAUAGCUGCAGAAAGUCUCUAA